UCUUCAAUUUUCUGUAAAUGCUUAUGAGUAGUCGACAAGUUGUCCAAUAUUCUUUUAUUCUUGAAGUUUUUUGAACUUUUGUGAAAAUGAAUCUUUAACUAAAUUCAAGUAAUCUUCCUACUUCUUUUAACAACGUAAUUAUUGAAACAAAUGACGAAGUAACAAAGGUACGUUCAAAUUUAGUAGAUUUAUGCAGUAUAGGCAAGUGGAUGGAAGAAUUUUCAACUCUUACAGCCACUAAGUGGAAUGUUCGUUCGUCAGUUCCAAAUGGAAAAUACAUUCAAUGCAAGUUAGUGAAUGUUAUAAUAUAUUCUUUUUUGGUUUUGUAUUUAAUUGAACUUUGUAAAUUUUUAAAUAUGUAGAAAACAUUUUGUGUGCCAUCACAGUUCAUAUCAUAAGGUUGAUAAAGAAAGUAACAAAAGAGGACUGUCUAAAAACACAAGUUGCAAAGCUCAAGUCAAAUUUGUGAUUAAAAUAGAUACCUACUGUAUCUACAAGAAAAACUGAUCCAUUUGUGAAAGUAAAAUAUGUGUAUUCUGAUUUUUUGUGACAAUUAUAUAAAUUUUGUAUAAAUCUAAAUUAAUCAUGAGUUGUUUUUAGGUCUGUAAUAAAUGCAGACAUAUUAAGUACUAAAUUAUAGUUCUAUUUUUAUAUAUAAUUAUUUAUACUUGCAACGUUGCAACUAUAGCUUUCUAACAUUUUUGAGCUUCUUUUUUAGUAUAUAUUUUUCUUUUUGACCUAUUUUUUAUAAUUUUUUUUAAUUUUUAGUUACAAAAAUGUGUAUAAUUUCAUAUUUCACCAUAUUAAAGAGAAUAUUUUAGUUCUUGUAGUUAAAAGACUAAUUCUUUCAAACUAAAAAGAAUUAGGAUUCACCUUAUAAUAUAAUUUGUUGUUAGGGUUUUUUUUUUAUUAAUAUGUUAUUAAUAUAUUUUAAUUGUGUUCCAUGUGCCUAUGGUUACAUAAUUUACAGAAUAAAUUGUUUGGUGUUAUUACAAUUUGGAAUGAACACAACCAUAGCAUUAACACAGCAGAAGCCCUUAGAUAUUUGAAAGCAACAGAUGAUUUAAGACAAACUUUUGAGGAAUAUAUGAAUGAUGGAAUGACAAUGACAGAAGCCAUUCGCUAUCAUGAAAGUGUGAUGACUAUGAUGAAUUGUUCAGCUGAAGAUUUUGCUAAUGCUAGACUAAAUCCUAUUUAUAGAACUGUACAAAACUGGCAUGAAAAAUGGAGAUCUACACAUUUAGGCCCUCGUACCGGUCAAGGUGUAAUCAUGGUAUGUUAUUAGUUGUUACCAUUAAUCUACUAAAAAUAGAGUAUUUUUAAAAUGUUAAAUAAUCAUCACAAUUCAAUGCAUAUUACAUUUUUGUUUUAGUAAUUCUAUUUAACUACAAUAUAUUGAAAAUUUGUAUCUUGUGUUGAAAGAGCCAACUCACUUUUUUAAAUGAGGUUCAAUAUUUAAUUUAUAGGUAAUAUCCCUCUUAGGGUAUGUAAUUUAAAAAAGUGGUACUCCUAUGAUAAAAAUUUGAAGAGUUAAAAACAUAAUUAUGUACAAAACUAACCUUAUGGAUUAACAACUCGAAAGCAUAAUUGUCAAUUUUUACCAAAAGGUCCCAAG